UUUGUUUGUGUUAUGUUGUGUUUUUUUUUUGUUUUGUUUAAUAAGUGAAAGAAGGCAAAAUACUGGUUUUUUAUACAUAUAAAUACAUACAUACAUAAAGCGUCUCCCCAUUUUUUGCGUAUAUGAAUGUAUGUGUGUGUGUGUGAGUGAGUGAAUAAAAAAAAAUCAAGUCAAGUUAAAGUGAAAAGCAAUGCUAAAAGGAAUUACAACCACAACAACAGCAACUACGCACGACUAACAGUAAAAGUUUUCAUCGACGUCAAAGUGAGAGAAAAAAGUACACACACAUAACAGAAAAAAAAAAUACAACAAAACAACCAACCCAAAAACAAGUCAGAAGGAAGAGAGAGAAAGAGAGAAAGAAAUACGCAGCAGUAGUAGAAGACGACGAAGAAGAAGAAGCAAUCAUAGCGUGGGUGUCCCUACUCUAAAACGGAGCAGCAAUUGAGUUUCAAGGGCUCGCGUCGCCCCCCGUAAACCUCGUUCUCCCCAUCAUCCUUCCAACUGCUUCGCAUCAUAAUCAACGUCAACAACAACAACAUUGCUGUUUAAUUUUUUAUUCACAAAUUUUUUGAGAUCAAAAUGGAUCCGAACAGACAUCACGAAUAUCAAACACAUCAUCAUACGGCAGCGCCCUUGCCGCAGUCACAUCAGCAAUUGUCACACCACCAUCACCAGCAGCAACAGCACCACCACCACCAGCAGCAGCACCAUCAUCAACAGCAGCAGCAACAACAACACCACCAUCACCAUCAAACGCAUUCACCACAUCCGCAUCAUCAUCAGCAGCAACAGCAACAGCAACAUCAUCACCACCAGCAGCAGCAGCAACCACAUCACCACCAGCAGCAUCAUCCACCGCCACCAACGCAGCAGCAGCAGCAACACUAUCAGCAAUUGCAUCAUCAUCAGCAACAUGCUCCAAGUAGCUCCAAUUCCUCCAGUUCCUCCUCCGCCAAUUAUAAUACGCAUUCUCAUACAGCUGAGGAUCGUCGAAAUCUGGCCAUGUAUAUGACAACACAUCGUAAUGUAAUGCCAACAGGAGGAUCAGGAGCAGCAUCUGUUCAGCCACCGACAGGUGCUGCUCAAGCCAGCUCAAGCACAAUGGUGGCUACAUCUUCACCAGCUACCCCAUCUUCUGCUGCUGUUGGUGGGGGUAGUGGUGGUGGUGGUAGUGGCGGUGGUGGUGCUGGUGAUCCGCAUUUACAAUAUUAUACCUCCAAUCGAGAUUUAACGGCGGCGGUUAAUAAAAAACUUGAUCCCACACAUUGGUCAUCUUAUAAGACACCGCCACCAGCGCCAGCGCCACGACAGCAUCAAUAUCAUGGCGUUGCUGCAAUGUAUCCACCACCCACACAACAACAACAACAACAGCAGCAGCAGCAGCAGCAGCAACAACAGCCAUCCCAACCACCUCAUAGUACAGCUUAUUGGCCACCAGCUGAUGAGCAGAGAUAUGGUGGUGGUUAUGGCAAAGCCACAGCUGCGCCACCACCAGCACCACCACCAGCACCACCUCUGCCACCACGUCCAAGCAAUAGCAAUCGUUAUUAUGAGGAUAUGAAAUACUCAGUACCUGCUGCAGCCAAAGUGCUCAGCUAUGCACCACCACCAGGAGCCGGAGCAGUGUCAUCAGUUCCAGCCACAGCUUCGGCAUUACCGCCAUCAGCCUCGCAACCAACUGCGGCCUCAUCCACCACAUUGUCGUCACGUAACUAUGAUCAUGUCGAGCAUGUGGUGGUGAAUCCCAGUCAACCGCAUGAGCAACAACAGCCAAGUCCAAAUUAUGGACGCAAAUGUCCAUCGCAUUAUGAGACGCCAACCGAGCCGUUACGUAGUGCAAGAGCUGCCACACCGACACAACAUCAGAGUCUAUAUAUGCCCAUGUUCCAGACGGCUGUCAAUCAGGCCAUAGAGAAAUAUGUACGUGAACCUGGUCCAAGUUUAGAAUAUGCACGUGCUGCUGUCGCAGGUCCGCCUGCUGCCGGUCCAUAUGCGGGAAGGUCAAUCAAUUCAUCGCAUUAUUAUACAACGAAACCCGCCAAGCCACCGCCAUCAAUUGUUGGUGGUGGUGGUGCGUCUGCUGCCUAUGUGAAGCUAGAACCGGAGCAUCAUCAUACACCAAGUUUACCACAAUUAACCACCAGAUCCUCGCUCUAUCACAAUCCAUACAAUAACCCGCCAAAUUCUGAUACAAACAAUAAGGAGAUGCAUCAUGAUAUCAAUUCGUCAUCGGUUACACCGCAUGGUUAUCCUACAAAAUAUGGUAAAUUGAUACAGCAACAUGACACAGCAGGAGGUCCAGGUGGAGUAGGAGGAGGAGGUGGUUCAACAACAGCUGCAGCAUAUUCCUAUUCCUAUCAUCAUGGUACACCGUCGCCAGCAGCCGGAGCAAUAGCCUCACCGACACCGCCACAGCUAGGCCCAAUGACAUCGAUGACAGCAGUGCCACCAUCACCAUCACCAGCGCCGAGCAGUGCCAGCAAUUAUUCGACUCAAGUGCAAGUCUAUCCACAUGGUCCAGAUAUCUGCUGUCAGCCAUCAAGUGGUGGUGCUGGACCGCCGCCGCCAUCAACAUCGUCUCAAGUCUCGAGUAAGAAAUCCACUUCAGCAACUAAACCCAACUAUCGUGCUUUGAUCAAUGAUAUGCUGAAAAGGAAUACGGCAAGCGAACAAGAAUUGAAUCUACAGAUAAUUAAGAAAACUUUGAAUAUGGAAACAUCGUUAAGGAAUGCACCACCGCCACCAACAAGAUCAGCAGCAGCUGCAGCCACUUUGCCUGUUAUACAGGCACCUUCAGCUACAGCUUCAGGACCACCAGCUCCUGCACCUGCACCUGCUCUACAUUCACCAUUGGAUCUGUCAAUGCGUACUGUUAAACAGACGGCAGAUUCAACGGAAUACAAAUAUCAGAGACCUCCAACAAUUGCCGCUGCUGCUGCCUCAACGAGUUUAAGUGGUGCCAGUAGUGGUAUCGGUGGUGGCUUGGGUUUACCACGUUUCGAUAUAACACCCAAUUUCUCGGCAGCCACAAGAACUGCAGCAGCGCCACCACAACCACCACCAACAAGUCAUACAACGCAUGUUAUACGACAAAAUCCAGCAGCUCCGGCUUUGGUUAUCAAAACCGUACAACAGAUGCGUCCCAGUGUGUUGGAAACGAAUCCCUAUGCCAAGAGGCCUACACCAUCACAAUCAGCUGUCCAGCCAGCAAUUGUUGAGACCACAACAUCAACAAUACCAAGCAACAAACCCUCAAUAUCAGCUUCACCUAUUGUUAUACCUCUGCCCACAACUUCCUCAUCGGCAACAUCCUCGCUAUCGACUACCCCGAGUCCUGGACCUGGUCUCCAUAAUAGCAGUAAUCCCAAUUAUUUGGGUAGAAAACGUCAUCUGCAGGAAUAUAAUCAGGCAGCAGCAAAAUUGGCCAAAUUGGAAGCAGCAACGACGGCAACGGCAACGACGACACCACCACCAACAUCACUACCACUAUCAAAAACAGUUGUCAUUGCACCGGCAACAGCAUCACAACCAUCAGCAGCACCACCACCACUACCACCACCAACAACAACAAUUGUUGCCGCCUCUGUACCAGUGAUAGCCAUCAAUGAGCAGGCGCUGGCCGCCAAACGAGAACGUGAGAUGCUUAAACGUGAAGUGCAUAUAAUAAUGCCAACCACAUCGUCAUCAUCAUCAUUAUCACCACCACCAAUGCCAAGCUCUAGUCAACCAAUGAUAAAGGUGGAGCAACGCAUACGAACUAAGGCUGAGCUCAAAGGGUUCACCUUUAAUCCACCUGUUUUGGUUACUUCCACGACCAAUAGCGCCACAUCAACAUCGGUGAUGCCGCCAAAUCAAAUAACCAAUAAUAUACAAAUUAAAUUGGAACCAGCUCCACCCUUAACACCACCAGUGGCAGUGGCAUCACAACCUACAACAAUUGUCAGUGCACCACCACAAUCAAUGGCAGCUAUUGCAGAAUUGGGUUUGGAAUUGGAUCCACCAACAACGAGCUUUAAUAGCAAUAGCCUUUUAGAUUGGGGCAGUACCUGUAAUAAUCUUGUUGAUCAGCUCAAUAGUUGUUUAACUAAGGGACCACCACCAGCAGUAGCAGCAACAGCACCACCAGUUCCAUCCGCUGCUAUGGUUGCCACAAUUAAAUUGGAAUUAAGUGAAGAUGAUUUACCAGUGGCAAGAAUAUUGAAGAGACAACCCUUAUUGCCCACUCUACCACCAGCAGGAGCAGCAGUAGAUCCCGAAUCAGCGGCAACAACAACCACCACCACCCAAUUGACAACCACAACAAAUGGCAUCUCCUCAUCGAUGGGUGGUGGUGCCGCUGCUGCUGCCCAAAAGAAGCUAAGUAAAAUGGAACGCGAGAAGAAACGUUUGCAACAGGAGAAACGUAUUGCAGCACGUCUCGUCUCGGCGGCAGGACAUACGAGCAGUUCGGAAAGUGAUACCACCGAAUUGCAUAAACGUAAGACAGCCCGGCAAAAGAAACCGCUAAUGCGCAAAGGUAGACCCAGAAAGCAAGCCAUAGUCAAUGAGCAACGUAGCGAAAAGCAAACACAAAGCAGCGAACCAGAUAAAGAUGCUGAAAAGGAGUCAAAGCAGCAGCGACGAGGGCAGGUGAAAGCAACAAAAGAGAAGGAAAAAGUAAGCGGUGGCAAGUCCAGUGAGGAGAAAACAAAACUUAAGACUGCAACAACGAUGGCAACUAAUACCAUAGCGACUCCAAUACCAACUACGCCUGCUCUAAAAACGUCAACAACUAAAGUCACUAGCACGCCAAAGUCCUUGACAAAACGCAAAAGUGAGGAGGAAUCCAAGAGUAGUAGCAGUAGUAGUUCAGAAGAAGAUGACAACAACAACAACGACGAUGACGACGACGAUGAUGACGAUGAGGAGGAGGUGGAGGGGGAGGAUGAAGAGAAUGAAAAGAAAUCAUCUAAAGGAGCAACAGUAGCAGGAGCCGGAGUAGCUGCAGCUGCCACUGGUGGAGCAUCAUCUAAUAAUAAACCUCAACAGCAGCAACGUACAACCAAUACGAUUAAAAAUCGCAUUGGUCACAAUCUCAACACAAUGACCCGUUCGAAACGUAAAAAAGAACUCGAACUCCAACUGGCCAAUAGUAAAGUGUUGCGUAAUGAUAAAAUCAUACGCAAUUCCACGACAAAAAUCAAACGUAAAUACGUACGGAAAGUGGUAGAUAGUAAAAAAGAAAUGAUGGUCACACGUUUACGUAACAAACAACAAGAUCUUGGCCAGCAGCUAAUGAAUGGUGGACGUUCGAAACUCAAGGGUGGCAAGGGAGCAGCCGGUGGUGCAGCAGGUGCCAGUGGAAAACAAACAAAUGCCACGAAAACCUCACCACAGCAGCAAUUAUUUCUUGAAGAAUAUCGCUAUAAAUUAGCUUUAAAAAUUCCACAUCGUUUGAUCUCCAUCAAUAAGUUGAAUAAAGUGGCCAGCUCAUUGCCCGAUUUGGAGCAACGUGAUCUGGGUCAAGAGUUGGCCUGCUUUAAGAAUCGUGGCAGACGUCCCAAGACCAAGGCCGCAAGCAAACAGCAAGAGAAUUCCACACCGAAAUCCAUAAUUGAUGUCCUACACUUGCGGGUGACGAAUGGCAGUCAAAAGAAGACGACGACGACAACCACAACAACAACAGCAACAACCACAACGAGCAAUAAUGCCACAAAGUCAUCAGUCUCAGCGCCAGCAUCAUCGUCUCAUAAUCAUUUGCAAGUGCAUAGUGAUCUAUCACAAACGUCUGCCUCGAAUUCACUCUAUGAGCAGCCCCAGCAACAGGAUGUGGCAGGAGGAGGACCUGGAUCAGCAUCGUCCACAAAUAAUAUCGAUGAUCUAAGUCGGCGACAUUUUAGCAUUUUCGAUACCAAAGUUUUGUCGAGUAAAACUCGCACGGAAUCCAAAAUGCAACAACGUCGUGAGAUUAUACGUGAAAUAUUUGUCGGCCCGGAACGUCCAGCUUCGGCACCACCCGAACGUGCACAGGGUCAGGAUAAGGGCGCAGGCGGCGGUGCAGCGGAUGAUGAGGAUGAUGAUACAACGAUAAGUUAUCAAAAAUAUGAAGAAUUUCUCGAUCAAAUGAAUCGUAUUGUAAGUGCUAAUAAUAAUAAAUUGGCACGACGAGCUGUUACCGAGCUACCAGCCACGGCAAUGGCUAAUGCAACUACUGCAGCAAAUCCACCGCAUAAUAAGCGAAAGUAUUUACGUCGUAAGGGGAGCUCUGGGUUCGAUUAUAUACGUAAAAAGAAACGUCCACAGUCCACACAGCAACAGUCCCAACAUCACCAUAAUAAUAAUCAUCACCACAACAACAACAACAACAGCCACCAACAACAUCAUUUACAACAGCAGCAACAUCAUCAUCAUCAUCUUCAGCAGCAGCAGCAGCAACAGCGAAAUAUAUCAUCUCCACUGCAACAUAAUCAUAUGCAAUCUACAAAUCUAAAUACCUCGGAACAGCAAUCGACUCAAAGUGCCGCCGAUGAACGGCUCGAUGAUACGGAUAGCACAAUUGCUGGCAGUAGUUCACAUUUGCCUCUCAAGGUUAAGACUGAAAUGGAUGUGUGUCGUGAGAUACAGAAAUGGGUACUCAAUAAGGGUGUGGGACAGAGCACCAUGCAUAAAGCCGCCCGUCAAGGACUCAUAGAUGUUGUGGUCUAUUGCCUAGAUCGUAUGCGCAUGAAUCCCGAUCAGAAGGAUAAUGCCGGCUAUACACCAUUGCAUGAGGCCUGCACGCAGGGUUGGUUGGAAAUUGCUAGAAUUUUAUUACAAUUUGGUGCCAAUCAUUCGGAGGCCGCACAAUCGGGCAUUAGGCCAUUGCAUGGCGCCAUCGAGAAUGAUCACGAAGAGGUUGUACGUCUUUUGUUGUCCUAUGGAGCUGAUCCGUUGCUGGCAACGUACUCAGGUCAAACCCCGCUAAUGUUAGCUUCAAGCAAGUUGAUGCGUGGCAUUUUGCGAGCCCAUCUCAGCGAUGCACAAAGUGCUGCCACUGACAUCAAACCAAUGCGUUUUCAAGGACCCUGGGAGUUAUUUGAUGCUAAGGAAUAUGGUUAUGAUAUAUUCGAUAAUGUACCGAACACAUCUUGUGAUAUGAGCAGAGCUCCACGUAGAGAAAGAAAGGUUAAAGUGCGUAAUGGAUUAAUGUCUACCAAAAUGAGGAAAAUAAAGGAAAAUGAGGAUAAGAAGAAGGAGAGUAAAGCAGAUGUGAAGAUGACAACAACAGCAGCAGCAGCAGCAGCAAUGCUGAAACAGAAUGGGGAAACAAGUGCAACAAAGACUGCAACAGCAACAACAUCUAAAACCGAAACAGAAACGACAAUGACAACGACACAGACAACAACGAUGACAACAACAACAACAACAUCAUCGUCAUCAUCAACAACAACAACAGCAACACUGACAACAACAUUAACAACAAUGAUGGUGAAAUUGGAGCCCGGUACCGAGGAAGAUAGCAAUAAUAAUAAAAACAAUGAUGCAAAUGUUGAGAAUAAUGUGGUAGUAACAAAUGUUGUGAAUGUCAAGAAUGAGGUUAAAAUGGAAAUGGAAGAUGAUGACGACAACAACGCCGACGCCGACGACGACAACAAUGACAACAAUAACAACAACAGUAACAGCAACAACGACGACAACGACAACACUCAUAAUGAUAACGGCAAUGGCAAUGAUGAUCAUCGCGAUCAGCAGCAACAGCAACAACAACGCCAUCUCCAUCCUCAUGAGGAUGGCGAAACAAUGGAUGAUAAUGAUAACGAUGAAUUGAAUGGUGAUAUUUUUGAAUUUGAAGAGGCCGAUGUGCCCUUGCCACCACUGUACUUGCUCAAAGAUGAGGGCAGUGAUAAAUGGGUACUAUUAAAUGAUUUGUGCAAUUUACUUAAAGUCAAAUCAAAGGAUACGCUGCUUAAUAAGGUGAGCCAUAACAACAACAACAACAACACAAAUACACAGAAGCAACUACUGCGGGAAUUCAAGAUCGAUGACUUUCUCGAGAAGGCCACCUGCCUGCAAUUGCUAUGUGCCGGCGAGAAGCUGAACAUGUUUAGCUCCUCGAAGGUUGUGCUAAUCAAAUACAACGACAGUGUCAAGAACUUAUUAGGCGUUAAAACCAUUUUAAUGAAAUUUUAAAGCAGCGCCUCAUACAAAAAAAAAAACUUAAAAACAAAACAAAAGUCGAAAAACAAAAAAAAACAGCAUGCAAAACCGAGAUACAGAGAAAAAUAUAUGUAUAUAUUAUAUAUACAUACAUAUGUAUAUGUAUGUCCCUCUAAAACUAAAUUAACUAUUAGUACGAAUAUAGAAUAUAAGUAGAUUAUAUAUACAUGCAUACAUACACAGACAU